UCGUCCCCAUGAGUCGCAGCUAUUUUUUUUUUUUUUUUUUUACCAAAAGCCUGUAACUGUAAUAGCCAGUUUCAGUUCUUCAUUCUUCUGAGUGGAGGAGGAAGCGUGGGCAACUACACAUUCAUUUUGUUUUUCGUUAAUUUUGUAUUUCUUACUUCGAGACAUGCUUGUUACCUCCUUCUAAUUAAAACCAGUAAGCGGCGCUGGUUAGCUGUGCGUCUCUCAGAAGUAAAACUCCUCUCCGUUUUCCCCACUUUCCCCCUCGGUGUUAGCUAGCUAACUUACCCAGGCUAAGGAACCUCAGUCCCCGCAGCUGCACGCAGACAUGUCGGAGUACCUGGAUGACCCGUCCGUGCUCACAAAGGAAAAGCUGAAAACCGAGCUUGCGGCCCACGACGUGGAGCUCCCGAACGGCAACCCGACCAAGGACGUGUAUGUGCAGCUUUAUCUGAAGCACAUUACCGCUAACAACAAGAAACAUGUCACCACGUCUGUGGACGUCUUCUCCAGCGACGAGGAUCUGCCUCCGCCCGUAGUCUCCAGCAGAAGUCGCUCUUCCGGCAGAAAAGCCACCAGGAAAACAGACAAGGUUUUGCCGGACGAGAUGGACGUCACUGUGCUGACCGACGGCGGCCUGAUGGACGAGCUGCAGAAGCACGGAGUGAACGUGGGGCCGAUUGUGGCCUCCACCCGUAAGCUGUAUGAGAGGAAGCUGCAGAAGCUUCUGGAUGAGGGUCCUGCACAGCCACCGCUGCCAGAGGUCAUCGUCACGGAGACACAAGUGAACCACAACGGCAACUCAGAGUCAGACCUGUACAGCGACAAGGAGGAUGAAGUGAUAGCAGAACCAGAACCAGUACCUGUGCCAGAACCAGAACCUGAACCAGUCCCAGUGGUGGAGAGGCCGGUCCGGAGCAGAGGGAAGACGCCCGUCACCACCCGCACCCGCAGCAGCCAGCACCACACGAGAGACCAGUUGAUGGAUGAGGAAGAUGAUGAUGAGGAUAAUGUCCUGCAAGUUAAGCGCAGAUCCAGGAGGCUGUCCCAAAGAAUGACAGUGCCUGAGGAUCUCAGGUCUUUAUCGACAGAUCAGAUCCAGGUAAAGUCUAACAGGAGGGUUAGCCAAAGACUGGACAGUCCAGUCCGGGCUAAACCUCCCCCCAUCUCAUCCAGUCCAGUUCAGCUCAAAGACAAAGAACUUGUGCUACUUCCCAAACCCCGCAAGGAUUCACCUCACAAGUCAGUCAUUCUGUUCAACACUACUUGGUUGGAGGAACCUGAACCAAUCAUUACACCUUUAAAACCAGGAGUAAGGAGUCAACGACCGACUGCCAGACCAUCAAGACCUUCUUCCCCUCUGGUUCAGCUCGUCAAAGUGGACCCUGUGACUUUUAGCCCUAUGUGUAACAUUUCACCCAUAAAGAGACAAGAGUACCACGAGUCUCUGUCCGACCGGUCUGGAUCGAAGCCCAAUUGGGUCUCCGUAGCUAGGGACGUGUGCGCAUCUCCAGAUGUCCUGCUGCAUGGAAGGAGGCAGCAGAAAAUCACCAGCUUCAUGUCCAAGUACAGCCCCAUGAAGACGCUCAACAGUACAUCCAUACUGUCCAACGAUGUGUUAGUGAGAAAGGUGGAGAAGAUUGCAGCAGGCGACCAACCACAGAAAGUGGAGGAGACUGAGGUUCUGAAGGAGCUGUUCCCCAAUGACGUCAACAGUCCAACAGGAAUCACUGCCACCUGCCGACGACCCAUCAGAGGCGCAGCCCACCGCCCAUUGAAGUCCAGUGACCUGUGGAAUGGUGAUGAAAACAGCAUCUUCUCGCCAAAGACCACCAAGACAACCAGCUCCUUCUCAUCUUACACACAGAGCUGCACUGACAGCAGAGUCACCAGCUUGCCUAUUUCCGCUACCUCCACCUCCUCUUUCUCCUCCUCCUCCUCCUCCAGGCUUCUUUCUGCAGCUCCCCCUGCAGGCCAUACCAAAGCAGCCCCCCGCAGCAUGGCCCUGUGGAAGAAGCUGUUCUUGCUGGCCGUUGUGGCUGGUUUCCUGUUCUUGGUUUACCAAGCCAUGGAGACCAACAUCAUCAACCCUUUUGAAGCCUCAGAAACCGAAGUGGCCAUUAGCGGCACAGCGUAGAAAGCACAGAUGUGAAAAUAGUGUGAAUCUGCAUUGUAGCCAUUUUAUUCAUGGGUGCUGUGAAAUGACCCAACAUCUUUGCCCUUAUUUCGUCAAGUUUUUUUCCUUUUUUAUUUCUUUAUCAAUAUUCAGUGAAUCCCUUAAGAGAAGCAAUGUAGCAGUUGCAUUGACACUGAGAUCUCCAUGACAUGUUAUUAAAGCAAAGUAACUCCUUUGCUGACUCUUUUUAUUUCCAUGUUAAUGUUUUUCGUGUGUGUGUGAUGAGUGUGUGAGAGUGAGUGAGUGAGGGUUUUUCACAUUAUGCCUUAGUGUAUGUCUUUGUUAGUCAUUAACAGCCGUGAAGAUGGAGUUUGAACCUGUAUUUUAUUUUUUCCUUACUUGACCAUCUUUGUUAUUGAGACAGAGAGGCUUGUUGGUAUACACCAAAUUCCUUUUCAAUCUUAUUAAACCCUACACAGAUAUUUUCUUAAUGCUCUCCUCUUAUAAAUUGAAUGAACUAUUGUAUUCUACUUAACUAUGUAUUCACUGUCAAAAAUAUUCAAUAUCAAUCCACUCAAUAAACUAUUAUGACUUUA